AUGGAUUUUAAUCAUCUGCAGAAUCUGGGAAUCACCCUGACAAUAUUGGGCUGGUUCAGUGCCAUGGUCUCCUGCAUCCUGCCCAUGUGGAAGGUGACUACCUUCAUAGACAGCCCCACCAUGGAGGAUCAGGUGACAUGGGAGGGACUGUGGAUGUCCUGCAUGAUGCUGAGCACGGGACAGAUGCAGUGCGAGGUGUAUGACUCGCUGCUGGCGCUGCCCCAAGAUCUGCAGGCUGCCCGUGCCUUCUACAUUGUUGCACUUUUGGUAGGCCUAAUUGCCUUGGUGGUCUACCUUGCCGCGGCUAACUGUACUACCAUAAUGGAAAACAAGGACUUCAAGCCUUGCCUGGCACUCACCUCUGGGAUCAUCCUCAUCACCUCGGGGGUCCUGACCCUGAUCCCUAUCUGCUGGACAGCUAACACCAUCAUCCAUGACGUCCACAACCCUCUACUACUUGAGUCCCAAAAGAGGGAGUUGGGGGCCUCCCUUUACCUGGGCUGGGCUGCCUCAGGCCUUUUGUUCUUGGGUGGAGGCCUGCUGUGCUUCACAUACUGCUUUGGGAGGUCAAAGUUCAUACACAUUAUACAGUUCACUACGCCGCAAUUAUGGAGCUCUAGAAGCGUAGAGGUUACAACUCUGGAUUAA